ACGAUAUCAAAAUUGCCAAGCAACGUUGGAGCAGUCUCGCGCCCUGAAGAGCAGGUCGCCGCCUGAGGAUUUAAUGGAGAAAUCCCAAAGUGAGCGCGGGUGCACUGUGGAGGAGGGGCUCCCCGCGGCCAGGGCUGCCGGGCCCUGAUCGCCAGAGGAAGGCAGGAGCUGGACGCGCUGGGGAUCCGUGGCCAGCUCCCUCUGACAGCAGCGGCUGACCACAGCAGGUGGGGGAGGGUACUCCUCCUCUACUGACAUGCCAGGAGCUGCCAGCAGCCAUCCAGGUGACUAAGCCUGCCCACCGCCACUGAGUCACCCGCCCGCCAGAGCUUUUCUUCCUUCUCCUCGGCAUCUGAUUAUUUUGGGAGCUGAAAACUUGGAGCUGCACCUGAGGCCCGCCCCUUCGCGCUCUCCCCUCCCUACCUUGGCUCGGAGAAAGAUGGGACUUGCUAUGACUCUGCUGCCACCCCCUAAGGACAUGGAAGGCACAGCAGGAGCCAGAGGUGCCCAGGGAGAGACGGCAGCUGGCAGAGUACAAUAGCAGACAUGGUGAUCAGUCGCCCAUGUGUCCUCUGGAGGUGCUGGGAGAGAAGGGGAGUCUUGUCCACACUGACUGGAGUCCUCCCGGGCUGGCGUUGAGCUCACCUUUCAUGGGGAUGUUUCUGUAAGCGAGUGGCAUUUGGAGAGCAAGGCUGGAUUGCUUAGACAGGCCUGUGCAGGGAGCACCACUUUCUGGGCUCCAGACAAGCACCAGCCUGCAGCAGUGGGAGAGGGGAGAGGGGGAGGCCCAGCUGCCCAAGAGCAGCCAAGGCCUGCGGAGGGACUGGCCCCAGGAGAGUCUAGACCUUCCUCUGCUCGGUACCCGGGAUUGCUGACCGCUCAGCCCUAAGGAGCCUCGGCCGCAGCGGUCAUCAUGUUCCGCAAGAAGAAGAAGAAACGCCCCGAGAUCUCAGCCCCACAGAACUUCCAACACCGCGUCCACACCUCCUUUGACCCCAAGGAAGGCAAGUUUGUGGGCCUACCCCCACAAUGGCAGAACAUCUUAGACACCCUGCGGCGUCCCAAGCCUGUGGUGGACCCGUCACGAAUCACACGCGUGCAGCUGCAGCCUAUGAAGACAGUGGUGCGGGGCAGCUCAGUGCCCACAGACGGCUAUAUCUCGGGAUUGCUCAAUGACAUCCAGAAGUUAUCCGCCAUCAGCUCCAACACUCUGCGUGGUCGCAGUCCCACAAGCCGGCGACGGGCACAGUCCCUUGGGCUGCUGGGGGAUGAACACUGGGCCGCUGACCCAGACAUGUACCUCCAGAGCCCGCAGUCGGAGCACACUGACCCCCAUGGCAUCUACCUCAGCUGCAACGGGGGCACGCCAGCAGGUCACAGGCAAAUGCCAUGGCCCGAGCCCCAGAGCCCACGGGUUCUGCCCAACGGGCUGGCUGCCAAGGCACAGUCCUUGGGUCCUGCCGAGUUCCAAGGUGCCUCACAGCGCUGCCUGCAGCUGGGCGCCUGCCUGCCCAGUUCCCCACCUGGCACCUCACCCCCCAUGGCCACAGGGAGGCGUGGGGUGAAGACUGCCAAACAUGGGUCUGAGGAGGCCCGGCCACAGUCCUGCCUGGUGGGCUCGGCAGCCAGCAGGCCAGGUGGGGAAGGCAGCCCGAAGACCCAGGAGAGCAGCCUCAAGCACCGGCUGUUCCGAAGCAUGUUCCUGUCCACGCCCGCGGGCAGCGGCAGAGCAGGUCCCGCACCGCAGAGCAAGCCCAACUCUGCUUUCCGACCCCCACAGAAAGAUUCUCCCCCAAGCCUGGUGGCCAAGGCCCAGUCCUUACCCUCGGACCAGCCCACGGGGACCUUCAGUCCUCUGACCACCUCGGACACCAGCAGCCCCCAGAAGUCCUUCCACCCAGCCCCAGCCGCCGGCCCACUUCCAGGCCGGUCUUCCCCGGCAGGCUCCCCUCGCACUCGGCAUGCCCAGAUCAGCACCAGCAACCUGUACCUGCCCCAGGACCCCACAGUGGCUAAGGGUGCCCUGGCUGGAGAGGACACGGGCAUUGUGACGCAUGAGCAGUUCAAGGCUGCGCUCAGGAUGGUGGUAGACCAGGGUGACCCCCGGCUGCUACUGGAUAGCUAUGUGAAGAUUGGGGAGGGGUCCACGGGCAUCGUGUGCCUGGCCCGGGAGAAGCACUCGGGUCGACAGGUGGCUGUCAAGAUGAUGGACCUCAGGAAGCAGCAACGCCGGGAGCUGCUUUUUAACGAGGUAGUGAUCAUGCGAGACUACCAGCACCUCAAUGUGGUGGAGAUGUACAAGAGUUACCUGGUGGGUGAGGAGCUGUGGGUGCUGAUGGAGUUCCUGCAGGGCGGGGCCCUCACCGACAUCAUCUCCCAAGUCAGGCUGAAUGAGGAGCAGAUCGCCACUGUGUGUGAGGCUGUGCUGCAGGCCCUGGCUUACCUGCACACCCAGGGUGUCAUCCAUCGGGACAUCAAGAGUGACUCCAUCCUGCUGACCCUGGAUGGAAGGGUAAAGCUUUCAGACUUUGGAUUCUGUGCUCAGAUCAGCAAAGAUGUCCCCAAGAGGAAGUCCCUGGUGGGCACCCCAUACUGGAUGGCUCCUGAAGUAAUCUCCAGGUCUCUGUAUGCCACUGAGGUGGAUAUCUGGUCUCUGGGCAUCAUGGUGAUUGAGAUGGUAGAUGGAGAGCCCCCUUACUUCAGCGACUCCCCAGUACAAGCCAUGAAGAGACUCCGGGAUAGCCCCCCACCUAAGCUGAAAAACUCUUACAAGGUCUCCCCAGUGCUGCGAGACUUCCUGGAACGGAUGCUGGUGCGAGACCCGCAAGAGAGAGCCACAGCCCAAGAGCUCCUGGAUCACCCCUUCCUGCUGCAGACGGGUCUGCCCGAGUGCCUGGUGCCUCUGAUCCAGCUCUAUCGCAAGCAGGCCUCCACCUGCUGAGCCCACUCCCAGGGUUCACCUGCUACCUGUGCUCACAGGCAGGGGACACUGAGCAGCCAGCCCACCGGCAGGACCUACCUGCCUCAUUUUCUCAGUAUUCUCUCCAAAGAUUGAAUGUGAAAUUCUACCCCUACCCUCUUGCCCCUUUGCCCACUGGGCCAGGCCGGACCUGCCCCCUCGGGUCUCUCUCCCUUCCCAGAGAGUCCCCAGUUGCCUUUGGGAUGAUGGUGACCCCUUCUGCAGGAUGGCCCUUUGUUAUUUGCACAGGGAUAUUUCUUAAAAAAACAAAAACAAAAAACAAAAAUAUGGAGAGUGGUGCUCCUGGCCACUGGCCAGCACAGCCGGCUGCUGCAGAUCUUAAAGGGCAGUUGUCCACUAUUAUCAAAGGCCACUCAAGAUGGCCCAUCUUCGCAUGGAUAAUUGCUAUUCUCAGCUCCAGCUUCAAACCUUGAAGUCCCAGAGGGAUAUUGGCAAAGGUUUUAUUGCCUGAACCCUCCUUCCUCACUUGACCUGACUUCCUGAGGCCCUGCCCACUCCCACUUCCUGUCUCCCAACACUGCCUCUCCUCUCACAACUUCACAGAACUGUGAAUCACCUGUGUUCGGGCAGUGGGAAGGGCAAGGGGGCAUCUUCUGAGUGAGUGUGAGAGAGAUGGGGUUUAUGAUAAAACUAGCUUCACUUUCCGGAUUGGCGAUAACGUCAUGUGGGUGGGUAUGCAUAUGUGUGUGUUAAGGAAGGAAGGGUACCCCAGUGGCCUGGGGUCCUUCUGUUACCCACAGCCAGCUUCAGCCUCAUGUGCUGUCAUGCCAAGCUCCACUCUGAAGGGACCUGCUUUCUUGGCCUGGCUUUCUGCCAGUCAAGUCCUGUGUUUAUACCCCCAAAAGUGAAGGGAUGUAUGUCAAGUCUGAUACAUGCUGGAGGUCCUGAAAGCUUGAGUCUCUCCCAUAUUGAGACAAAUAACAAGGGAAAUUACUUUGUUUUACCUGUUUGUUUCAUCUCAGUAGCCAGGUCAUCAGGGACCCAUCCUCUUCAGCUCCCUGGGCUGGGUCAGAAGAUGAACCACCACCCAGGGGUCCCUCAUGCCAAGGGAAUGGGCACCCCCUUUGUGUGACUCUGCUUCUGCAGACACCUGCCUCAUCCUCCCUCCCUCCCCACCUUCCUGGCUAUGUGAGACAGGUAAUGCCAGGGAAGAACACCAAGUGUCUGGACCCUAUCCAGAUAAUAUUUUUAGAUUCCCCUGCUCCCUAGUGGCCUGCAUUAGGGCAAAGAAAUUGCAAAGACUCUUUUUUUUUUUUUUUUUUAAGAGGUAAGAGUUUUAAAAACGAGAGCAUCUUCCCUAGAAAUUUUUGUGAAUUGUUUGCACUUGUGCCUGUUUUAAAUUAAAUUGAAUGUUCAAA